AUGCAAAGGAUUGGUUCGUUCAGUGAAACAAUGCAAAUUAAAGUUCAUACUAACGAGGAGAUUUUGAAUGAAUUAACUAAUUUACAUAAGAAAUAUCCACAUAUAACAUAUUUGUACGAGAUAGGCAAAUCAGUGCAAGGCAGACCACUGACUGUACUAGCUAUUGGGAAAUUCCCGAUGAAGCAUAUCCCAGGAAUACCGGAAUUUAAAUAUGUUGCUAAUAUUCAUGGUAAUGAGAUAUCAGGUCGAGAAUUAUUGCUAUGUUUGGCAGAUAUUCUACUCAUUAAUUAUGGGAAAAAUGAAGUAUUAACAAGGCUUGUAGAUAGGACACGAAUUCAUCUCUUACCAACAAUGAAUCCGGAUGGAUUUACGGAAGCUAUUCCGGGAAGUUAUGGUUGGCUUCAGGGUCGAACAAAUGCUGCUGAUGUGGACUUAAAUCGAGAUUUUCCACAACGGCUGAAUCCAACAAUGAUCCGAAAUAUUCAACCGGAAACCAGUGCAGUUAUGCAGUGGACAAAAUCAAUACCAUUCGUUUUGUCAGCAAAUUUGCAUGAUGGUUCAAUGGUGGUUAAUUUCCCCUAUGAUGAUGGAAGGGUCGAAGGUAUCGAAGCAAAAACAGGUGAUCACGAACUCUUUGUGGUACUUUCUUACUUAUAUGCUCGAGCACAUAAAUAUAUGUGGAAGAAGGGGCCAAGGUGUAUUAAUCAACAUGAUGAUGACGAUCUCAAUGAAGGAAUUACAAAUGGUAAUAAAUGGUACCGCGUUUCAGGCCAGUUUUUUUCUUGCUUGUUAUCUUCGAAUAGUGGCAUUGUUGAUGGCGGGAUGCAAGAUUGGAAUUAUGUAUUUGCGAACUGCUUCGAAUUAACAAUCGAAAUGAGCUGUGUAAAGUAUUCAACUAACGACCAAUUGAAGGAAAUAUGGAAUGAUCAUAAAUUUGCUUUAAUUUCUUUCAUUGAAAAGAUUCAUCAUACGAUUUCUGGCUUUGUGUUGGAUGAAAUAACUGGUACCGGAAUAUCGGAUGUUCAAAUUUCAAUCAACAAUCUUGGCAAGGUUAUAAUAAGUAGUACCGAUGGUGACUUUUGGCGUCUGGUAAUACCUGGCAUCUACAAUGUCAGCUUUCAGCACUUCAAAUAUGAAACAGUUGUAAAGACUGUUACUAUAAGCAAGAAAAAGCCCUAUGAAUUCCUUAAUGUAACAAUGCUUCGAAAGAGGCAUACCAGAAAUUUUACCGAAGUUUAUUUAACUAAGUCCCAAGUUUUUCUACCUUUAAUUGUAUUAGUUAGGCGUACAUAA